UUAGAAAUGGCCGAAUACGAAGGCGUACUAUCAUAUUUGAGUAUAACUCCGCAUUUAAAAGUACUAAGAUGUUGUGGAAUUUUCCCUUUGGAUUCCACUUCCCCAAACUUAAAAAAAAGAUUACAGCGCUUCUACAUAUGCAUCAGUUUUUCGCUUAUAAUGCUGUAUACGCUGCUGCAGAUAAUUCACGUAUUGCAAGUGCGUACUGAUGUCGAAAAAGUAAUGGAUGCAAUGUUUUUACUACUAACAUUUCUUGAUUGCAUCUUUAAACAAGUUAUGUUUAUGAAGAAACCUCAUAAGAUACUGGAAAUGCUUAAUAUAAUGAAGGGGCAGAGUUUCAACCAAGGACUAGAUGAGCAUCGGCCACUUCUCGUGAGGACAAUUAUUCAUGCUCAAUUUCUGCUGCGACUGUUUAACAAACUUUGCAUAGUGACUUGUUUUCUUUGGAUCACGUUGCCUAUUUAUUUGCAUUUAAAUAAUGAAACAGUUGAAUUCACCAUAUAGGUGCCUUUUGACACUAAUGAAAAUUCAAAGUUUUAUAUUGUCAUCUGUUAUGUAUGGAUGCAAACUACGUGGCUAGGUCUAAACAAUUCAACGAUGGACAUUUUUAUUGUGUACCUGUUUGCACAAAUCAAGACUCAAAUUUGCAUUUUGAGGUUAAAUUUAGAAAAUCUUGUUAGUAGAUGUCAAGAAGAAACAAGAACUACAUCUCAUUCUUUUAUGGAACAUCUUGAAUGGCGAUUUAGAGGAAUUAUUUACCACUAUAAUCAAAUCAUCAAAUUUUCGAAGAUAAAUGAGGAGAUAUUUAGCAGUGCUAUACUUUUCCAAAUUUUGAUUAGUGGUUGGAUUAUUUGCACCACCGCCUACAGAACAAUUACCAUAAAUCCUCUUUCCGGAGAAUUCGUAUCCAUGUUAUUGUACAUGAUUUGCAUUAUUUCGGAACUUUUCUUAUUUUGCUUUUACGGUAACGAGGUGGCUCACGAGAGCCAAAGAUUGAUGGAAUCUGCGUACUGCAUGCAAUGGGAGGAGAUGCCAGUAAAAUAUCGUCGGUACUUAAUAAUUUUUAUGGAGAGAAUUAAGUGCUCUAUAUUACCAAAAGCUGGCAAGAUUGUACCACUCUCGAUCAACACUUUUGUUCAGAUUAUCAAGACUUCGUAUACAUUCUACACAUUCUUGAGUAACUCAAAUGCAAACUAACAUACAACCUUAACGAAGCCUACGUAA